CAAGUUUCAGAAGCGGUAUUUAGUAGUGAGGCUUGAUAGAAAUUAUUAUGUGAAACAUUUUGAGAGAUUAGUAUUUGGUGAGUGUAAGGGCUAGCAGCUCUUUGAAUUCCUAAGCAGUUGGUGUAGAUGGCGGAAACAAUAUCACAGCAAGUGAAGCUGGAGGUACCAGAAAGCUUUGAAGAUGUUGCUAUUGACUUUUCAAAAGAAGAAUGGAAACUACUGAGCAAAGAGGACAAACAGCUACAUCGGGAAGUGAUGGUGCAGAACUAUGAGCAUAUGGUGGCAGUAGGGUAUACUAUCCCAAUAGAACACUUGUCCCGACUGUUUGACAAACCUGACGAACCUCCACCUAAGGUUAGAAAAGAUGAUGCACCAGUGAAUCGUUCUGAGGUCACAGUCACUGUAAAUGGAGAUCCUGUCGAGAAAAAAAGAAGACUGUCUUCUUUCCAAUUAGUUUGGAAGAUAUUAUUUGACUGGGUGAUGGAAAGCAGGCUUGGGACAGGGUUUGCCUUUUGUAAAGUCUGUAACACCAACAUUAGUAUUGGCCAUGGAGGACGUCAUGAUCUGCAACGGCACUCAAAAACGGAAAAACACAAAGGUAAUCAAAAACAUGCAUCUGAAAGGAAGGAAACUGAGAUGUCUGACCCUCUGGCUCCACAAUCAGGUUCAUCUCAGGAAGUGGCUGAAUCUCAAGUGUCCCAACAUUCAAGUUCAGCUCGGAAAGUUGUUGAAUCUGAAGUGACCAAACAUUCAAGCUCUGCUCAGAGAGUGGUUGAAGCUGAAGUGACCCGACAUCCAAACUCUGCUCAGAGAGUGGUUGAAGCUGAAGUGGCCUUUGUCAGCCUUCUGGAGGAACACAACUUGCCAUCAAGUACUGCAGAUCAUUUACUAAAGUAUAUAAAAAAAUACUGCACUGAUCCAGAGGUGGUGAGGAAGAUGAGUUGUGGUGCUACUAAAGCGGCAUGCAUUGCACGGGAUGUAUUAGGCCCCAAAUAUAAGGAAGAUGUGGCAUCAAUUUGUCGUAAACAGCCUUAUUGUAUUUACUUGGGCCAGAACACUGAUAUGGAGGACAGUAAACUCCUUAUGAUUCUGGCUGGAUUUUUUGACCAGACAAAAGGUCAAAAUGUGGUUAAGUUCUUGGACUUGCCUGUUUGUGUGACACGAACAGGUGACUUAGUAUACAACUGCCUUAUGGAAACACUUCAAAAGUUCAACAUUCCAACAAGUAACAUGGUUGCAUACUCUUCAAAUAAUACUGAAGUCACGAGUGGCAAAUGCAAUUCUGUACUUUCCCGAUUAAUGGACAUGAAUCCUGACCUUUUCAGUAUGUGUCACCUGUACAAUGUGGCAGAUCUUUGCAUCAAAUCAGGUGUGAAAGCAACAGCAUUGCCUAUAAAAGACUUAAUUUCUGACAUUUAUUUUCAUUUAUCUAGUGGUCCACAGAAGCAACAGAAGCUGAAAGAAUUUGAUUUAUUUGGUGACCUCGAGCCACUUACAGUUAUCGGACAUGGUCCGACUCAUUGGGCAAGUCUCUCAAAGGUCAUCAAGAGAAUACUGGAUCUUUGGCCUGACCUGCUGUCAUAUUUUGUUUCAUAUGAGUCCCGUUCAAAAAAGGUAGAUCCCAUAACAGAGAAGCUGAAAAGUCAUGAUACAAAACUGGCACUCCUUUUUUUACAAUAUGCAAUGGAACCCCUCCUUAAGUUCAUUGUAAAGCUGCAGGCUAGAGAUAGUCAGCUUAUAAAUUUGCACAAUGAUAUCAUUAAACUCUUACAGGUAUAUGCAAGCAGGUCACUGAAGCCACUUGUAGCUAGAGAAUUCAUACAGAAUAUCAGUGCCAGCAGUAAUUCAGUUCUUGAAAAUGACAGUGAUAUUUUGCCAUAUGGUCGUAUUCAUGUCGGGCCCGAUGUUGCAAUGUAUUUGGAUGAAAAUGCUAAAGACAUUGAUGAAGUAAUUGAGCACACCUUCUAUAACAAAGUGAAAGCAUUUUACAUUGCAGUUCUUAAGAAAAUGAAAAAGAUUUUACCAGUCAGUGACUCUGUAAUACAAAAUAUUGGCAAUUUAUUGAACCCUUCCUUCAAAUUGCAGCUGACUUCCACAGUUGUGACAAAUAUUGCUAAGCGUCUUGGGUUCUGUAAGUCAAGGACCGAGUGGAGCCAACUUAUGGAUGAAUUUGCAAUGUACCAAAUAAAUGAGUUUGAGUGUUCACACCAGCAGGAUGAGACUGAAACAGAUGCAUUUUUCUUGAAAUACUGGUCAGCAGUCCUUCAAAGCGCUGUAGUGAAAGAAAUGACUGUCUUUAAAAAACUGCUGCUGACAGUUCUUUGUUUGCCGCAUUCAAACAGCGCACUAGAGAAAGCAUUUAACACAGUUCACAAGGUUAAAACAGAAAUGAGACAGUCAUUAAAUACCAAAAUGCUAAAUUCCUUACUAGCAAUUAAACUGAAUGAGGACAAUGACUGUUUUGUUGUAGAACAUCCAGAAAGCAUUCUUCAUGCUGCGAGAAAGGCAACUGCAGCUUACAAUAAAGUGCAUCCGUGACAUGAGGUAGUCCUGAUGGAAGAAGAAUAAGUCUAAGACUCAGCAGUUUCAGGAUUUGUCCAUCCCUGAUCCAGUACAGUGAGACAAAGUAAGAGGUCACAGCUAAAUGACAAUCACUGUUACUUACCAUGACUAAGGCUGGAACUCCAUCGUGCUGUUGCAGUAGACUGUGUUGUCAAAUGUUUGUUGCAUUGCUAUGGGCUGAUUAUGGUUUUGUUAAGUAGAUUUUUAGUUAUUUCAAUUCUACUCUUACUACUGCUGCUGUCUUUAUAAAAAAAUUGGAGGAAAAACACAGAUGGAAUGAGUUUUCUGCAUUUUUCUCAUCUCGUAAUAAAGGCAUGAUGAUAAACUUA